GCGCCGCUCGCUGCAAAAAUAGUGCCCACGUGUGUGCGCGUCCCGCGCCGCCCAGACCCGCCCGCCCGCCAGUCAGUCCCUGAGGGCCACGCCGGACCCCAUGGCGUUCUCUCUGGAAGAAGAAACAGGAAGGAUAAAAGAUUGCUGGGACAACCAGGAAGUUCCUGCAUUGUCUACAUGUAGCAAUGCCAAUAUUUUUCGAAGGAUAAAUGCCAUUUUGGAUGAUUCACUGGACUUCAGUAAAGUCUGCACAACACCCAUAAAUCGACGAAUUCAUGAUCAAGACUUCCAGGACUCUGAAGAAGCAGUUACAAGCAGGAUGCCUUUUCCCACCUCUGCGCAAGAAUCUCCCCGUGGCCUUCCAGAUGCAAAUGGCUUGUGCCUUGGCCUGCAGUCACUCAGUCUGACUGGCUGGGACCGACCCUGGAGCCCUCAGGACUCUGACUCUUCAGUCCAGAGCAGCACACAGUCGGUAUUAAGCAUGCUCCAAAAUCCACUGGGAAAUGUCCUAGGAAAAACCCCCUUGAGCUUCCUGUCUCUGGAUUCCCUUGGGUCUGACUUGGACAAGUUCCCAGCACCCUCAGUUAGAGGAUCUCGCCUGGACACCCGGCCCAUCCUGGACUCCCGUUCUAGCAGCCCCUCUGACUCAGACAUGAGUGGCUUCAGCUCUGGAUCAGAUCAUCUCUCAGAUUUGAUUUCAAGCCUUCGCAUUUCCCCUCCUCUGCCCUUCCUUUCUCUGACGGGGAAUGGUCCCAGAGACCCUCUGAAGAUGGGAGUUGGGUCCCGAAUGGACCAAGAACAAGCUGCUCUUGCUGCAGUUACUCCCUCUCCAACCAGUGCUUCAAAAAGAUGGCCAGGAGCUUCUGUGUGGCCAUCCUGGGACCUUCUCGAAGCUCCUAAAGACCCUUUCAGCAUAGAGAGAGAAGCUAGAUUACACCGGCAGGCUGCAGCUGUGAAUGAAGCUACCUGUACCUGGAGUGGCCAGCUUCCUCCCCGAAACUAUAAGAACCCCAUCUACUCCUGCAAGGUGUUCUUAGGAGGUGUUCCUUGGGAUAUUACGGAAGCUGGAUUGGUUAAUACCUUCCGUGUUUUUGGUUCUCUGAGUGUGGAGUGGCCUGGUAAGGAUGGCAAGCACCCCCGGUGUCCUCCCAAAGGGUAUGUGUAUUUGGUGUUUGAACUAGAGAAGUCUGUCCGGGCCUUGCUUCAGGCUUGUUCUCAUGACCGGAUGAGCCCAGAUGGCCUGAGUGAAUAUUAUUUCAAGAUGUCCAGCCGAAGGAUGCGCUGCAAAGAGGUGCAGGUAAUCCCUUGGGUCUUGGCUGACAGAAACUUUUUCUGGAGCCCAUCUCAGAGACUGGAUCCCAGCAGGACAGUGUUUGUUGGUGCCUUGCACGGAAUGCUCAAUGCUGAGGCUCUGGCUGCCAUCUUGAAUGACCUAUUUGGUGGAGUGGUGUAUGCUGGGAUUGACACAGAUAAACACAAGUACCCCAUUGGGUCUGGUCGCGUGACUUUCAAUAACCAACGUAGUUACCUGAAAGCAGUCAGCGCUGCUUUUGUGGAGAUCAAAACCACCAAGUUUACCAAGAAGGUUCAAAUUGACCCCUAUCUAGAAGAUUCUCUGUGUCUUAUCUGCGGUUCACAGCCUGGCCCUUUCUUCUGCCGUGAUCAGGUGUGCUUCAAGUAUUUUUGCCUAAGCUGCUGGCACUGGCGACACAGCAUGGAAGGCCUGCGCCACCACAGCCCCCUGAUGAGGAACCAGGAGAACUGAGAUUCCAUCUAGAGAAGCUGACCUUGC